AUGGGCCCCGCGCGCUGGCUGGCGCUGGGCAGCCUCCUCGCCCUGGGCGCGCGGCUGGAAGGCCGGCUGGUGGGCGAGGGGGACCCCGGCUUCGGCGAGUGUGACCGGUUCUUCUACGCCGGGACCCCGCCCGCAGGGCUGGCGGCCGAGGGCCACGUGAAGAUCUGCCAGCGCUCCGCGGGCGCCGCGCGCUUCGCCACCCUGUACAGCCCCGCGGCCCGCGGGCCCGUGUUCUCCGCCUUCCGCGCCCCGCGCCCCGCGCCCGCCGGCGCCGAGCCGCACUGGCUGGUGGAGCCGCAGAUCGAUGAUCCCAACAGCAACCUUGAGGAGGUGAUUAAUGAGGCUGACGCCAUCACCACUGUGGACAGUCUGGGAAGCAAGCAAGCCUUGACUACAGAUUACCUGGAUUCUGAUUAUCAGAGAGGACAGCUGUACCCGUUCUCCCUCAGCAAUGACUUGCACGUGGCCACAUUCGCUCUCACAAAUGCAGUUCCGAUGACCCAGACCUUCCAGGAACGGUGGUACAUGAAUCUGAACAGCCUCAUGGACCAGGCCCUGACCCCACAGUGUGGAGGUGGGAACGACCUAUACAUCAUCACAGGCGCCGUGCCCUCAGACGUCAAAGUCAAAGACAAGGUGACCAUCCCUAAGUUUGUUUGGCUGGCAGCCUGCUGUGCUGUCCCCGGAGGAGGCUGGGCCAUGGGCUUUGUCAAGCACACCACGGGCAGUGAUGUCAUAGAAGAUGUGAUGGUGAAAGAACUGGAGAAACUGCUUCCGUCGAACCCUCAGUUGUUCCAGAACAACUGUGGCGAAACAGAACAGGACACGGAGAAAAUGAAAAAAAUCCUGGAAAUGGUGAACCAAGUCCAGGAUGAAGAGCGGAUGGUGCAAUCUAAAGAAACCAGCAGCGCCGUCCCCAGCACAAGGAGCAAGAGGUCUGCUCUGCAGCCUCCAGACGCCCCCGAGGAAAGGAGUAGCCUUCUGGGGAAUCUCGUAGGCUUCAUCGCCACCCCGUUCAUCAAGCUUUCCCAACUAAUUUGCUGCCUUGUGGUGGGCAUCCUGAAGAACACUGUGUAUGUCCUGUGGUAUGCCGCCAAGCAGGUGAUUAAUGGCAUCGAAAGUUGCCUUUACCACCUGGGUUCAGCCACUAUCUCCUACUUCUUGGCCAUUGGGGAAGAGUUGGCAAGCAUUCCCUGGAAGGUACUCAAAGUCAUACUCAAAAUCAUCAGGGCCAUUCUCCGGAUCCUCUGUUGUCUGCUGAAGGUUGUUUGCCGCAUUCUGGGCAUCCCUGUCCGAGUCCUCGUGGAUGUGGCCUCUUUCCCUGUGUACACCAUGGGCGCCAUUCCCAUCGUGUGCAAGGACAUUGCAGUGGGCCUUGGUGGCGCCAUCUCUCUGCUCUUUGACACUGCUUUUGGUACCAUGGGUGGCCUAUUUCAGGUUGUCUUUAGCGUUUUCAAGCGGAUUGGCUAUAAGGUUACUUUUGAAAAUUCUGGGGAGUUAUAG